UCCAGCUGGUGAACAACAUUAACAGCAGUGUGUGUGCUUGUAUGUGUGUGUGUGUUUUGUAUGUGUGUGUGUGUCAGCGCGCGAGCAUCGUCCUUUAUUAUAAACGUGGAUGUGUCAGUUGUCGGAUGUGUUUGUAGUGCCACUGCUGUGCUGACCCUCAGCUGGAAACAGCUGGAUCGAGAAGCGGAGAGGAGCUCGAGAAGCGGAGCUACACGGCCAUGACGGAUCUCUGAGGCGCGAGAUGGACGAGGAGAGACGAGUUUAGAGCGGAGAGAAGAGGUGGAGGCCCUGAAGACUGAGACUCUGAGAGAGAGAGAAGAAAAUACCGAAUUAAAACAGAAGCCAACCAAAAGCGGUCAAGACGGACGGGGCGGCGGAGCAUCGGGGCAAGAAGCGGGGCAACAUGCGCGAGAGGGACUUCGCGCCGGGCGCUGACCGGGGCAAGCCGGCCACCUACACGGGGGACAAGAAAGCCAAGAUGGCCGCGAAGACCAACAAGAAGUGGGUGAGGCUGGCCACCGUCUUCGCCUACGUGCUCUCCGUGUCGCUGGCCGCCAUCAUCCUGGCCGUGUAUUACAGCCUCAUCUGGAAGCCCACGGCCGCCUCAACCUCGCCGUCGUCGGGCGCGAAGCCGGGCACCUCCGCUCCGCCUAACGCCACUACGGACGCGGACAUGGGCAGCGGCAACGGCAACAACACGAGCCCCUGGGCGCCCUUGGGCAACAGCACAAGCGCGAACGACGACGGAAACGGGAGCGGGAACCUGAACGCGACCGGCUCGGAUGCUGCGCGAGCCCGCGAGCGCUGGAGCGCGCGCUCGACGCUCGUUCACGGUGCCACAAACAGCAGCAGCAGCAGGAGCGGAGGCUCGCAGGACGGAGCAGCGCUCGAGAAUAGAGAAGAGGAGUGACAGAGAGUGGGUGUAGAAAGGAACAGGAGCGCGAGGAGGAGGAAAAAGGAGGUGCAUGAGGAGCAGACGCUCUAGGCUGUGGUGCAUUGGACACCGAUGGACGCCAUUGGAUCCCAGUGGGCAACUAAGGACACCUUUGGAUCUUAGUGGACACUUUUGGACACCACUGGACAUAAGUUGGACACCAAUAGGCAUCAUUAGAUCUUAAUGGACAUUACUGGACACCAGUGGGCACCUUAUGAUCUGAGUGGAUGCAAUUGGACACCAACUGUGCGCCUUUGGCCACCUUUGAAAGCAGUGGACGGAAAUAGGGCCCCAGUGGACAACACAGCAAAUCCUUGGAUAGUGUCUGCCUCUUCCUCUGUUUGUACCAUAAAACGCUCAAGAAUGUAACCUCUCAUUUACUGGGUUUGCCUUAAGACUCAGACCUGCAAUGGAAGCGCCUGUAAGGGCACACGGGCCUGUCUGAAGCAUUAAACUGUCCAGUUUCGUCAGUGUGCUUGCAUAUCCUUAAAGAGCAUUAGCUAACCGCCUGCUUCUAAUAUGAACUGCAGGUUGAACUACUGUUUUUUUUUCCUUUAGGACACGGAUGUUUUUUUUUUUUCUGGGUGGUAAAAUAUGAAAGGAAGAGGGUUUGUGUCCCUAUAGCCGUACUAAUUAAUCAGGAGGCCUAUAUCAGAGGAGCCUGUGUUCAGUUCCGCUCAGGUAUGUGCAGAUAUUCAUGCCAAUGUAAAAGCAGAUGUGUAUUUGCUCAUGUACAUAUAUUAUAUAUAUAUAUAAAUAUAUAGGGCACAUGCUCUGAACUUGCAUAGAUACAAGAAUUUUUACAAGAAUAAUGUAAAAUGAGUACAUAUAUAUAUAUAUAUAAUCACCACAAAGGCUAAUAAAUGCCCUUGUAAGAAAAUAAAACACAUGACUUCCAUAUUUUGUGAGAAAGGACUUUAUUUACAAGUAUUACAAGUGCAUUUGUUUGACUUCCAUAUUAAGAAAUGCUCCAACCUGAACUUAGAGAGCCAAAGCAAGGUCACCUGAAGGGAAAGGGUCUUUGAACGUGAAGCUGUAGAUGAGUGAAAAGUCUACUGGAUAAAAACACAGUGGGCAGAUAUUUACGAUGAGAAAAAGUGAACAUUUUUGGGUUAUGUAAUGUUAUAUAAUAAGUGUGGGGCACCGCAUUUGAAGAUCAUUUUGUCCAGCUCAGCCUGGCCUUGUGAAGGGUUAAGACAGGCUUCAGAUAUUAUCACUAAAGUCUAUAUAAAUGACCCAACCUAAGACAGGCUGCCUCCUCUGUGUCUAAGUGUCUAUAAAUGAUGAAAGGCGUUUGCCUGAGACUUUUAAUUCACAUGAAUUACACAGAAUGUCUAAAUUUGGGCGUUCAAGAUAGAUUCCUUUUCUUAAGCAGUGUUAUUACUGGACCUUUCUUGGUCAUCCCCCUCAGAUCUGUAGGCCUGUACCUCCCUGUGUGCGUGGUAAUGGAGCGCAGUGUUUAUGGGCCUCUAUCAGGACGCAGUGUUGAGAGCUCGUUCAUCUUCUGAGUCAUUUCUAGUCAUUUCUCUCUCUCUCUCUUUCUCUCUCUCACUCUCUCUAGCGCUUGGAGGGUUAUCGAUUGAGUACUGUGAAGUUAAACACAGGAACAGAGAAGUGCAUUACACAAUCCAGCUACUGCUCUAUUUACAGCUCUCUUCAUCAUACGCUCUGAUAUACACAGGAGAGAGAGAGAGAAACAGAUAGAGAGGGAGAGAAGGAGAAAAGAGAGAGAGAGAGAAAGAGAAACAUUACCAGAGGGAAAGAAACAGAGA